AUGCCGCUGCCAUCGAGUACGGUCGAGAACUAUCUGAAGACCAUCUACAAGGCCCAGUCGGCCCAGCGCGAUCGCGCGCGGCUGGUGCCGAUGGGGCAUCUGGCCCAAGCACUCGGCGUAGUCCCCGGCACCGCCACCACCAUGAUCAAGGCGCUGGCCGAGUCCGGCCUGGUCGACUACGAGCCGUACGCGGGCGUGCGGCUGACCCCGUCCGGCGAGAAACUGGCGGCGCUUGUGCUGCGGCGGCACCGGCUGAUGGAGCUGUUUCUCGUCAAGGUGCUCGGCAUGAGCUGGGCCGAGGUGCACGACGAAGCCGAGCGUCUGGAGCACGCCGCCUCCGACAAGCUGAUCGAUCGGAUCGAUACGAUGCUCGGACGCCCGGCCACCGACCCCCACGGCGACCCGAUUCCCGACUCCAGCGGAUCGGUGGUGACGCGCGACUACCCGACGCUGCUCACCUGCCCGCUCGGCGACAGGGUCGUGCUGACGCGCGUAACCGAUCAGGAUGCGACAUUCCUGCGCUUCCUGGAAGGCAACAGCCUCAAGCCGGGUCAGGCGCUGCGGGUCGAAACGCGCGACGACGCCGCCGACCAGGUCGUGGUCCGCGGCAAGAGCAACCGGCAGAUCACGAUCGGCAUGCGUGCGGCGGCCAAGCUGCAGGUCGCGCCGGCAAAGCCGGAGGGGUAG